AUGGCUGCCAGCGUCAAUGGCGUGCUCCCGGAGCUCUCCACUCUCUCAAAAUUUGAACUCCGUCCAUUGCCCUGCGCGUUUCCUUUCGAGUGCCACCCAAAUCACGCGUCGCUCACCCGAGAGGUUGACGAGUGGGCGAUCCGAUCGCUGCAAGCCCGGGGCUCCAUGCCCAAGCGCCAGAUGAUCAUCGAGUCCAAGAUCUCGGCGGCGGCAUGCAUGACUAUCCCGCGUGGCCGGGACGAUCGUAAGAUGGUGCUGGCGGGCAAGCAUUUGUGGGCGCUCUUCUUGCUGGACGACGCGCUGGAAUCGUGCCGGAGCCAGGAGGCCGCGAGAGUCCUCGCCCGGCGAGCGAUGGAAGUCGCGAGAGGGGACCAAUUGGAAGGGAUGAUCCAGGAGGAAAGAGAACUAGAAGAAGCCAAAGGGGUCGCGAGGAAAUUCGCGAUCCAGGAAGAAGAAGGAGAUCGAUAUAAUGAUCAGUCGAGAGGAAUCCUUGCAAACAUAGCGAUCCAAGAGGACCCUGGUCUCAUCGAUCUGGCUACCAGAGGAAUGGCGACGAAAAUCGCAAUCACGGAAGAAGAUCAAGGUCGCGAUUCUCGAUGGGCGCUGGGAUUGUUCCGGGAAGUAGUGGCGGAGCUCCGGCGAUCAAUGCCGCUCCCGAUGUUCGAUCGCUACCUGCGGUACCUGGAUCGCUACCUGGAGGCCGUGAUCCAGGAGGUGGGAUACCAGAUCGCGGGCCACAUCCCGCGGGAGGACGAGUAUCGCGAGCUCCGGCGGGGAACGUCCUUCACAGAGGGCACCAGCGCGAUCUUUGGCGAGCUGUGCAUGGGGCUGGAGCUCCACGAAUCUGUGACAUCGUCUCGCGAUUUCAUCGAAUUCGUGGCGCUCGUCGCGGACCACAUCGCGCUCACCAACGAUGUCCUCUCCUUCCGCAAGGAUUUCUACGCCGGGGUCGCCCACAACUGGCUCGUCGUGCUCCUCCGCCACAGCCACCGCGGGACCGGCUUCCAAUCCGCGCUGGACAGCGUCUAUGGCAUGAUCCGCGACAGCGAGUGCCGGAUCCUGGGGCUCCAGUCGCGAAUCGAGGCGCAAGCACUGAAGAGUGGCGAUGGUCACCUCCUCAGCUUCGCGCAGGCGUUUCCCCUGUGCCUGGCCGGGAAUCGGAGGUGGUCAUCGAUCACCGCGCGAUACCAUGGCAUUGGGAAUCCUCUCAUCACUGGCGUGGAGUUCCACGGGACAUGGCUCUUACAUCCGGAUGUCACCAUAGUUAUUUGA